AUGGCAGCGUCAGGCCCUCGUCACUAUGCUCCUUCGAGGGGUCGUCAGGGCAGCUCUGAAAUGGAAGACGAGGAAGAUGAAGACGACAAAGACAAAAAUUCAGACGACAUCAUCGGCAUCGAGCGCUCCUCGGCCGAGCUUGAGGAGGAUGGUACGAUCGGGGAGCAUAAGGGCAACGACGACGACGAUUCCGAUGACAACAACGACCAUGUUGACGGUGGGGACGACGGAGACCACGACGAAGACGACCAUGACGGCCACCGUCCCUGUCAGCGUGAAAUAUCACGUUCUCAAAGCAGGCACGGCACCUGCUGCUCGACCACCGAGGCAUCUGUCUCGGCGGUGGCCACUGGAAGCCUCGCCCGCAGUCUUUCGCGACGUGAAAAUGUCGUCGCUCGCAUCCGAUCGCGCCCCGUGCCGCAGUUUGGCCAUCCGCUGGCCCACGUACCGACGACGGCCGCCGAGCUGGUCGACUUUGACGGCUCCGAUGACCCCUACCACCCACGCUGCUGGCCGACGGACAAAAAGGUGAUGACAACGCUGCUCUACGGCCUCGUCACCAUGUCGGCCACCUGGGCCUCGUCCGCCUACUCGGCCGGCACGGUCCAGAUCGCCCAAGAGUUUGCUGUCGGGACCCAGGUUGCCACCCUCGGCACCACCCUCUUCCUCUUUGGCUUCGGCCUCGGUCCGCUCCUCUGGGCACCCCUGAGCGAGGUCUUUGGCCGUCGGUUGGCCGUCAUGGUUCCCAUGUUCGUCGCCGUCUGCUUCAGCUUCGCCAGCGGCGCCGCCAAGGACCUCCAGACCCUCAUGAUAACCCGCUUCUUCGGCGCCUUCUUCGCCUCCGCCCCCGUCACCAACACCGGCGGCGUUCUCGGGGACCUCUACUCGCCCGCAUGGCGCGGCGUCGCCCUGGCCGGCUACGCCAUGGCCGUCGUCGGCGGGCCCGUCCUGGGCCCCAUCGUCUCUACAGCUCUCGUCCGCGCACCCUCCCUCGGAUGGCGCUGGACGCAGUAUCUCACCGGCAUCCUGCAGGCCGCAUGCCUGCUCUUCGCCGUCGUCUUCAUCGACGAGACCUACCCGCCCCGCCUCCUCGUCGUCAAGGCUCGUCGCCUACGCCACCAGUCCGGCAACUGGGCCCUCCACGCCCAGUUCGAGGAGUGGGACGUCAGCAUCGCCGAGCUCGCUCGCAAGUUCCUCGUCCGGCCCCUCCAGCUUCUCGGCACCCCUAUCUGCUUCCUCGUCGCUCUUUACGCGAGCUUCUGCUACGGCAUCCUCUACAUGCAGCUCGGCGCCGUCCCCAUCAUCUUCGCCGAGCUGCGCGCCUGGCCCCCCUUUGUCGCCACCAUGCCCUUCCUCUGCAUCCUCGUCGGUGCCGCUCUCGGCUGCGCCCUCAACAUCUACAACCAGACGCUCUAUAACAGGGUCUACCACGCCUGCGGUGACCGCGCCGUGCCUGAGAGGCGCCUGCCACCCAUGAUGCUCGGCUCCAUUCUCUUCUGCACUGGUCAGUUCCUGACCGGCUGGACCGCGGACCCCAUUUUCCACUGGCUCGCGCCAUGCACGGGCCUCGUCCUCCUCGGCACCGGCUUCUUCACCAUCUUUCAGGCUGCUCUCAACUAUCUCAUCGAUACCUUUCAAGCCUAUGCCGCCUCCGCCAUCGCCGCCAACACCUUCCUCCGCUCCUGCUUCGCAGGCGCCUUUCCCCUCGUCGUCGGACCGCUCUACCACAACAUUGGCGUCGGUCCCAGUUCCAGCAUCACGGGUGGCCUCGCCGCCCUGCUGAUACCCGUCCCCUUUGUCUUUUACACCUUUGGAAAGAGUAUUCGCCGGAGGUCCACGUGGUCCAAGGCGAGCGUCUUUGAUUGA